AUGACCGUUCGUGAUGCCCUGAACUCGGCUUUAGAGGAGGAGAUGAUUGCUGAUGAGAAAGUCUACUUGAUGGGUGAGGAGGUUGGCCAAUACAAUGGUGCAUACAAGGUGUCCAAGGGUCUGUUGGAUAAGUUUGGUCCCAAGCGUGUCAUUGAUACGCCUAUCACAGAGUCCGGAUUCUGCGGUCUCGCUGUCGGAUCCGCAUUUGCUGGAUUGAAGCCCGUUUGCGAAUUCAUGACUUGGAACUUUGCAAUGCAGGCUAUCGAUCAGAUUGUCAACUCUGCUGCCAAGACCCAUUACAUGUCUGCUGGUAAUGUUACUUGUCCCAUCACCUUCCGCGGUCCCAACGGUGCUGCUGCUGGUGUUGCUGCCCAGCAUUCACAGUGCUUUGCUGCCUGGUACGGAUCUGUCCCUGGUCUCAAGGUCGUCUCGCCCUGGAACUCGGAGGAUGCCAAGGGUUUGUUGAAGGCUGCUAUUCGUGAUCCUAACCCCGUUGUAGUCUUGGAAAACGAACUCAUGUAUGGUGUAUCAUUCCCCAUGUCCGAGGCCGCUUUGUCCAAUGACUUUGUGCUGGAGAUUGGCAAGGCCAAGGUUGAGAAGGAGGGAUCAGACAUUACUAUUGUUGCACACUCUCGCGCAGUUGGAUUCGCACUUGAGGCGGCUCAGGUCUUGGAGAAGGAAGGUAUCUGCAAAGCCGAGGUGAUCAACUUGCGUUCCAUUCGUCCACUUGACAUUGACACCAUCAUCAAGUCGGUCAAGAAGACCAACCGUUUGGUCACUGUCGAGGGUGGCUGGCCCCAAUAUGGUGUUGGAUCAGAGAUCUGCGCACAAAUUAUGGAAAGCGAAGCCUUUGACCACUUGGAUGCCCCUGUUGUUCGUGUCACCGGCGCUGAUGUCCCUACUCCCUACGCUCAGAACUUGGAGACAUUUGCAUUCCCUGACACUGAAGUCAUUGCUCGUGUUGUCAAGCGUACUCUCCAUAAGAAGAUUGGCGCUUAA